AUGAGCUGCAGCGGCAGACCGUCACACACCUGCCUCAGCCUGGACUGACAGUGACUGUGGGAGGUGUUGUGGAUGCAGAGUGACACAGAGAUCUGGUGGAAACGCACCAUAGGUGUCCUUUCAGUCUGCCAUGCUGAUUACAUGGUGGUAUUUAUACUUCUCAGCUCGGAGCAUCGUGCUACAAUCAUUUAAAAUGGCCUCAGUUGUGCAGAAGCUGAUUGCUCCCCUCUUCACUGGUCCUCCUGAGCCGCCCGCAAAUAAAGUGACCGUGGUGGGUGUGGGCCAGGUCGGCAUGGCCUGUGCUGUCAGCAUCCUGCUCAGGGAGCUGGCUGAUGAGUUAGCCUUGGUGGAUGUGGCGGAGGACAGGCUGAAAGGAGAGGCGAUGGAUCUGCAGCACGGCAGCCUCUUCCUCAAAACAAAAGUAGUUGCAGACAAAGAUUAUUCUGUGACGGCAAAUUCCCGCAUUGUGGUGGUGACGGCUGGAGUCCGUCAGCAGGAAGGGGAGAGCAGGUUGAACCUCGUCCAGAGGAACGUCAACAUCUUUAAGCACAUCAUCCCACAGAUUGUCAAAUACAGCCCUCGCUGCAUCAUUGUUGUGGUCUCCAACCCAGUGGACGUGCUGACAUAUGUGACGUGGAAACUGAGCGGCCUUCCCAAGCACCGCGUCAUCGGCAGUGGCACUAAUUUGGAUUCCGCCCGCUUCCGCUUCCUGGUGGCCGACAAACUGGGAAUCCACACCAGCAGCUUACACGGGUGGAUCCUGGGAGAACACGGAGACUCCAGUGUGCCCGUCUGGAGCGGAACCAACGUAGCCGGUGUGAACCUGCAGAUGCUGAACCCAAACAUUGGCACCGACAGUGACGAAGAGAACUGGAAGGAAACCCACAAGAUGGUGGUGCAGAGUGCUUAUGAGGUGAUCAAACUAAAGGGAUACACAAACUGGGCCAUCGGUCUGAGCGUGGCUGACCUGACAGAGAGCCUCAUGAGGAACAUGAACAGGAUUCAUCCGGUUUCCACGAUGGUCAAGGGCAUGUAUGGAAUCACUGAUGAGGUGUACCUCAGUCUGCCUUGUGUGCUAAACAGUGGCGGCGUGGCCAGUGUGAUCAACAUGACCCUGAAGGACGAUGAGGUGGCACAACUGCGAGCCAGUGGCAGCACACUGUGGGACAUCCAGAAGGACCUGAAGGACAUCUAGCUGAUCAACAGGGGGCGCUACAGCCACACCUACUUGACUGCCAUCACAAUGCAGACACCGCCACCUGCCACAGCUUCAAUCCACUGCCCUCUGUAGAGUCACAGACGUAAAUAUGGAGGCUAUUUAGCCGUAGAUUGUCAGAGUUUGUUCUCUUUUGUGACAACAACCAAGUGAAAUGUUGCUCUAAAUCAUUUGUCCUUGACUGUGAUGCAGUGGGGGACCAUGUGUCACUCAUGUGGCUUUAAUAUGUAAUAAAAACACAUUCAUUUACGCAA